CCUCUCCACGAAACUACCAAAAUGGAAGGCCUCUAACCGCCUCAUUUCUCGCUCCCUGCCCUUCUACUAUAUAUAUCCCCCUCGCAUCCUUGUAAUUACACUUCCACGCUUCCGUCUUCUUCUUCUUCUUCCUCUUCCUCUUUCCAGCGAUCUCAUAGAUUCGAUUUCUACAGCAAUCGUCACAACUUUCACGACAUAUGAUUGGAACGCUGGACUACACCAAUCCACAGAACAACUGCAUUGGCUGCCCGCCUCGAAACGGCGCUGUUUCCAGCAUCCAGGAGUCCCAAGCUUCCUCUCUCAUGGCUUCAACGGACGCCACGCUCGGAAGCCACCUCGCUCGCCGCCUCGUCCAGAUCGGCGUCUCCGAUGUUUUCUCCGUGCCCGGCGACUUCAACCUCACGCUUCUCGAUCACCUUAUCGCCGAGCCCGGGCUCAAAAAUAUCGGUUGCUGCAACGAGCUCAAUGCCGGUUACGCCGCCGACGGCUAUGCCCGGGCCCGCGGCGUCGGAGCCUGCGUGGUCACUUUCACCGUCGGCGGGCUGAGCGUGCUCAACGCCAUUGCCGGUGCUUACAGCGAGAAUCUUCCGGUUAUAUGCGUGGUCGGAGGUCCGAAUACGAAUGAUUACGGGACGAAUCGGAUUUUGCACCACACGAUUGGAUUGCCGGAUUUCAGCCAGGAGCUGCGAUGCUUCCAGACUGUUACGUGCUACCAGGCCGUUGUCAAUAACUUAGAAGACGCCCAUGAACAAAUCGACAAAGCCGUCGCCACAGCUCUGAAAGAAAGCAAGCCUGUCUACAUAAGCAUCAGUUGCAACUUAGCAGGCAUUCCUCACCCAACUUUCAUCAGAGAGCCCAUUCCAUUUUCCAUUUCGCCCCGGUUAAGCAACAAGCAGGGGCUUGAAGCUGCAGUGGAAGCCGCAGCAGCCUUCUUGGACAAGGCGGUGAAACCAGUCAUGGUGGGAGGGCCCAAACUCCGGGUUGCAAAAGCCUGUGAUGCCUUUGUUGAGCUGGCCGAUGCUUGUGGCUAUGCACUGGCCGUGAUGCCCUCAGCCAAAGGGCUGGUUCCGGAGCACCACCCUCACUUCUUAGGGACUUACUGGGGCGCCGUGAGCACUGCCUUCUGCGCAGAGAUUGUGGAAUCAGCCGAUGCCUACUUGUUUGCAGGGCCAAUCUUCAAUGACUACAGCUCGGUCGGCUACUCGCUGCUCCUCAAGAAGGAGAAAGCGAUCAUCGUACAGCCUGAUCGCGUGGUGAUCGCCAAUGGACCCGCCUUCGGAUGUGUUCUGAUGAAGGACUUCCUAAGUGCACUUGCCAGCAGGCUUAAGCGCAACACCGCUGCCUAUGAGAAUUACCACCGGAUCUACGUUUCUGAAGGGCUUCCUCUCAAAUCUGAGCCUGGUGAGGCUUUGAGGGUCAAUGUUCUUUUCCAGCACAUACAGCAGAUGCUCUCAGGUGACACGGCAGUGAUUGCCGAGACAGGAGACUCCUGGUUCAAUUGCCAGAAGCUCAAAUUACCAGAAGGAUGUGGAUGGUGUUGCAGGUAUCAAUUCCAAAUGCAGUAUGGUUCAAUUGGUUGGUCUGUUGGUGCUACAUUGGGCUAUGCUCAAGCUGUGCCGGAUAAGCGAGUCAUUUCUUGCAUUGGAGAUGGCAGCUUUCAGGUUACUGCACAGGAUGUGUCAACUAUGAUCACUUGCGGGCAGAAUAGCAUCAUUUUCUUGAUUAACAAUGGAGGAUACACUAUAGAGGUAGAGAUCCAUGACGGACCAUAUAAUGUGAUCAAGAAUUGGAACUACACAGGCCUUGUCGACGCCAUCCACAAUGGUGAAGGCAACUGCUGGACAACAAGGGUGCAUUCCGAAGAGGAGCUGAUCGAAGCAAUAGCAAUGGCCACUGGGGAGAAGAAAGAUUGCUUGUGCUUCAUUGAAGUAAUUGCUCACAAGGACGAUACAAGCAAAGAGCUACUCGAGUGGGGAUCCAGAGUGUGUUCUGCGAAUAGCCGCCCACCAAAUCCGCAGUAGAGUCGUGAUUUUGAUCCAGAUUUGGGUACGAGAGUUCUUGGUAGUUCCGGGUGCUGUUUCUGAUCCACAGAAUUUUAAAAAAGCGCGUUGCAUUCAUUAUUUUUAUUUAAUUCCUCGGGAUUUUCUUAGCCGUUUGGUCGUGGUGGUAGGUUGGGAAAAUGAGGUUUUGUUUGGUGAGUUUUCCACAAGCCACUAAAUUCAAAUUUUGGUGAUAUUCCACUAAAUUCAACAACUGUCGUCGCAAAA